AUGGAUCGUGUUUAGAUAUUGGCUGGACCAAUAUCUAACAAUGAAGUAUAAAUUAAUAAAUACGCAGGAUGUGGUUUAAUUUUUCAAAAACCAGCAGAGGUUGAAUCAAAGAAUCAUUAAAUGUUGCACUGAUGACGUUUCGACCUUGUAAUCCACUGUCUUCUAAUCUUCUAUAUCUCCUUAAGAAAUUAAUGAUUUUAAAACAACUAUCAUAAAAACAGAAUAUGUAAAACCUCAAAAGAAAUAAAAACAAUCAAAAGAUACGUUGAGUUUGGAAGAACAAAUUAAAAAAAUUGUAAUAAUUACGUAUGUAUAUAUUUAGAGUGAGGAUCUCAAAGUCAUUAAAGAUAAAUAGAAUGAUGGCAAGAUAACGGUUGGCAUUAAGCAAUUCUUAAUAUCCAUCUUAAUUUCAAUGAUUGUUGGAGUAUAUAUAACUUAUAGAUGA